AGAUAUAGAAUCUAAGUAUAUUUAAACAAUAUUCCUGGAGACCGUGAAUUUGUUGGCAUUACUCUUAUUUUUUGAUUUUACCAAUCAAGUUUACCCUUCGCAUUUGAAAAAAUGGCUUUGAAAAGAAUAAAUAAGGAACUGUCGGAAAUUGGAAGAGAUCCUCCAGCACAGUGCAGCGCUGGACCAGUUGGUGACGAUUUAUUUCACUGGCAAGCGACUAUAAUGGGACCUUGUGAUAGUCCUUAUCAAGGAGGAGUAUUUUUCCUGACAAUUCAUUUUCCUACCGACUAUCCUUUCAAACCUCCCAAAAUUGCUUUUACAACUCGUAUCUAUCAUCCAAAUAUCAAUAGUAAUGGCAGCAUAUGUUUAGAUAUAUUAAGAUCGCAGUGGUCGCCUGCACUAACCAUUUCUAAAGUACUCUUAUCGAUAUGCUCACUACUAACGGAUCCGAAUCCAGACGAUCCCCUCGUACCAGAUAUCGCUAGAAUAUUCAAGACUGAUAGAGCUAGGUAUUGCAACACAGCAAGAGAAUGGACUACAAAGUAUGCCUCCUAACUAGCCACCACCUUAAUGACCAGCGAUGUAGAAACUUUUAUGCUUGGCUUAUGUAUGAGUGAUGAUAAUAGUUUUGUGUAACUUUAAAACAUGAUGUUCGCGUUGUUUGACCGUGACUAUGCCUCAAAGUAAGUAAUUUCUAAUCGCCUGUACGGAAUUUAUGACAGCCAAUUUUGACAGCCAAGCUUUAAAACACAGCUAGUUCCUUUUGAAAAUAAUGCUUCAUUCAAAUAAGGAAAUUUUGAAAUUUCCAUAAUUCAUUCUUUGCACCUGUGAAGUUUUUUUUCAAACAAUUCUGCUAUCAAUUAUUUAAGCUUGAUUCCAAUUUGAGACUAGUCCAAGUGUAAUAUAUAUACCAUUGUCUAAAUUAAUUUUGUAGUUUUGUCAAUUUUUCGUUUUUUAUGAAUUAUUUGAAAAACUAUUUACCAUCUCAGCAUUUUGUCUCAAUAUUUUGACGUAAUUUGCAAGGCUCUUGGAAAAUUACUUCGAAAAUGAUUCAUUUUGAAAUUUAGCAGAGUUGCUGUCGUACAACCUCAAUAAUUUUCAGCAAAAUUGAAUUUGAUUAAAAUGAGGGAUGUCAGGAGAAUUAAUUUUGGUGUUGAUAAAUUUGUAUCUAUUUUACAGUAAAUUCGUGCUGCAUGCUAAAUUUUUUGAGAAACAAGAUUUUAUUCCAAAAAUUUUAAACUUCACAGAAAAUCUUGUUUGGGUUUAAGUGCUUUGUAGAUGCUUUUUUUUAGAUUCCGUCAAUUGUGCAUAUUAUGUAAAUUAAAUCCUGUGGACAAUAGAAAAGAUGCGAAAUUUAUCUUUACAUGUGUCGAGCUGUCAUGAAUAUCUAUCAGAUGACGAAAAUAGUUUGAAUUGAUAUAGACUUAUUCUGUGCUUGGAUAAUUUAAUAAUCCUCUAUACCAUUCUCCAACUCUUUCAUUGUAAUGUUCUAUCUGCAUCAGUAUCAAACAACCAUUUUGACAUUAGGUGGGCGUUUUAUCAUCCCCUCUUGGUGUUAUCAGGCACCACAUGAUUCCCUAAAAUUUUUGAAGAAAUUAUGUCCUUAGUAAGCUUCUGAUAUGCCCUUUUGAUUCCAUGUUCCAUUUGGUGUGAUAUUGUAUUUUGUAUUGUAUAUCUUUUUCUGUUGGAACGCUUGAACUUUUUUUUAAAAAUUUGGCAGAAUUUUUGUGCUACAAAUCCUAUGUAUUUAAAGCUGAAAUGACAUGUUCUCUUAUUGAUGUACGUUAGUACUGUAUUUUACGGAACAUAAGGUGCAACAGGUAAAGCGCUACUACCUGAUCCAUACUUUAGGUGCACUGGCUUAUAUGGCGCAUGAACGAUAUAUUCAUCGAAAGGUAUUUAAAGCGCACCUUAUUGUCUGUAAAAUACGGUAAUAGCUUUGUUGAAGGGGAGUAUAAAAGAUUUUGACUUGUGUCGGGAAAUUAAAAAUAUAUUAAAAGAAUUUUCAGCUGAUUUUUAAUUGAUGUUCAAUUUAUAUUAACAAUUCCCCUACUAUAGUUCUUUGAAGUUCAAUUUUUCCGAGUAUUAAAUUUUUAGUUCAAGAAUAUGUAAUGGGGAUAAAGAAAAUUUCAUAUUCAAAAUUGAUGUAGUAAUUCAAUUUGAAAUUGUUGUUGUUGAUAGUACGCUGUAUCAUAUACAGCGCUUUGAUAGCGUUUAUUCAUUAUUUCACUAUCCUCUCCAUAUAUGGUCAUACGAAAUCUGAUUAAAAUAUUUUUCUUCCAACUGUUAUUCGUUGUAAUGAAGUGUUUUGUUGUUACAUUUUGUACAUAUGUUGCAGCUAAAAUUGGAUUAGAAUUGCACAUGUUUUAAUAAUAAUAUUGGACCUUUCUGAUUGAUUAAAAAAAAAAGUUUUUUACAGUAUUGAAUGAGACAUAAUUUUCAUGACUGAUUGCUUUACUGGUUUAACGACAGUUCUUCAUUACCUAUUUGUUGGUCAACAGAAAUGAAAAUUAUUCCUAGCUGUAAAAAUUCAUGCUUUCUAUGUCAUAUUUCAAUUAUUAAUACAUCUUCAUGUGUUUGGUUGUACAAUAAAUAUUUCUUGUUAGUAGUGUUGAAUUGUUUCUGCCUUCAUAAGCUCCUUCUUUUCUAAACAGA